CAAUGCCCGAAAAACCUUUUUUGUUGGAAGUUCAGCCUUGAGAAGAAGUGAACAGCUAUGAGCCUUGUUCAGCUAUCUACUUCAAUUUUGAUAAUAAUUGAUGCCCUCAAGGUCACCCAUGCAUUUAAUAACAAUUCUGCAGAAGAAAUCGGUUGUGCGAAUUGCACAUGCCCCGAUAAAAGUGAUACGCAUUGCUUUAUUCCUGAAUGUUCUUCUUUUUGUAAGAAUGGCACUCUCUAUAACAAGCUGACGAAUGAAUGCAUCCGGAACACUUCAAUCGUAUGUCGAAUAAAACCAAGAAACAGGAGGCCACGACACGCUGUUGACCUUCCGUGCAUAAGAUGCCAAUGUGGAGAGCGUGACACCUCCUGCAAGUUCGGUCCCCUAUGCGACUGCAACAAUGGUCUUUUCUAUCCUAAGAACAACAAGGAAAACUGUGCUUCGAACCUCACACAAUGCGGAAUUUUUCUUGACGCGUCACCUAUCUCUAAAGAGUGCCUAACUUGCAAAUGUGACCAAGGCCAUAGUUUCUGCAAAUAUCAGAACACUACUUGCAACUGUAUGCGAGGUACUGUCUACAGAUAUGAAAAGUACAAAGAAUGCGCACUUCAGCCAGAAGAAUGCAUCAAGGUGCUUGAUCAAAGCAUCCCAAGGCCGCAAGAAGAAGAGCACUGCGCGCCAUGCCAGUGCGACGACAAGCAACCGGUGUGCUUUGUUGUCGACACCAUGUGCCACUGCGUUAAUGGCAGCCUUCGGUUCUGGGAGACGGGAAAAUGCGCCAUGAAUAGAGACGACUGCGGCACGCUGCUCAUUCCUCCGCUUAUCCCAAGGCCGCACGAAAAAGAGCACUGCGCGCCAUGCCAGUGCAACGACAAGCAAGCGGUGUGCCCUGUUGUCAACACCAUGUGCCACUGCGUCAAUGGGAGCCUUCGGUUCUGGGAGACGGGAAAAUGCGCCACGAACAGAGAUGACUGCGGCACACUGCUCAUUCCUCCGCUCAUCCCAAGGCCGCAAGAAAAAGAGCACUGCGCGCCAUGCCAGUGUGACGACAAGCAAGCGGUGUGCGUUGUUGUGGACACCAUGUGCAACUGCGUCAAUGGGCGCCUUCGGUUGUGGGAGACGGGAAAAUGCGCCACGAGCAAAGACGACUGCGGCAAACUGCUCAUUCCUCCACUCAUCCCAAGGCCGCAAGAAAUAGAGCACUGCGCGCCAUGCCAGUGUGACGACAAGCAAGCGGUGUGCGUUGUUGUCGACACCAUGUGCAACUGCGUCAAUGGGCGCCUUCGGUUGUGGGAGACGGGAAAAUGCGCCACGAGCAAAGACGACUGCGGCAAACUGCUCAUUCCUCCACUCAUCCCAAGGCCGCAAGAAAUAGAGCACUGCGCGCCAUGCCAGUGUGACGACAAGCAAGCGGUGUGCGUUGUUGUGGACACCAUGUGCAACUGCGUCAAUGGGCGCCUUCGGUUGUGGGAGACGGGAAAAUGCGCCACGAGCAAAGACGACUGCGGCAAACUGCUCAUUCCUCCACUCAUCCCAAGGCCGCAAGAAAAAGAGCACUGCGCGCCAUGCCAGUGUGACGACAAGCAAGCGGUGUGCGUUGUUGUGGACACCAUGUGCAACUGCUUCAAUGGGCGCCUUCGGUUGUGGGAGACGGGAAAAUGCGCGACGAGCAAAGACGACUGCGGCAAACUGCUCAUUCCUCCACUCAUCCCAAGGCCGCAAGAAAAAGAGCACUGCGCGCCAUGCCAGUGUGACGACAAGCAAGCGGUCUGCGUUGUUGUGGACACCAUGUGCAACUGCGUCAAUGGGCGCCUUCGGUUGUGGGAGACGGGAAAAUGCGCCACGAGCAAAGACGACUGCGGCAAACUGCUCAUUCCUCCACUCAUCCCAAGGCCGCAAGAAAAAGAGCACUGCGCGCCAUGCCAGUGUGACGACAAGCAAGCGGUGUGCGUUGUUGUGGACACCAUGUGCAACUGCGUCAAUGGGCGCCUUCGGUUGUGGGAGACGGGAAAAUGCGCCACGAGCAAAGACGACUGCGGCAAACUGCUCAUUCCUCCACUCAUCCCAAGGCCGCAAGAAAAAGAGCACUGCGCGCCAUGCCAGUGUGACGACAAGCAAGCGGUCUGCGUUGUUGUGGACACCAUGUGCAACUGCGUCAAUGGGCGCCUUCGGUUGUGGGAGACGGGAAAAUGCGCCACGAGCAAAGACGACUGCGGCAAACUGCUCAUUCCUCCACUCAUCCCAAGGCCGCAAGAAAAAGAGCACUGCGCGCCAUGCCAGUGUGACGACAAGCAAGCGGUCUGCGUUGUUGUGGACACCAUGUGCAACUGCGUCAAUGGGCGCCUUCGGUUGUGGGAGACGGGAAAAUGCGCGACGAGCAAAGACGACUGCGGCAAACUGCUCAUUCCUCCACUCAUCCCAAGGCCGCAAGAAAAAGAGCACUGCGCGCCAUGCCAGUGUGACGACAAGCAAGCGGUGUGCGUUGUUGUGGACACCAUGUGCAACUGCGUCAAUGGGCGCCUUCGGUUGUGGGAGACGGGAAAAUGCGCGACGAGCAAAGACGACUGCGGCAAACUGCUCAUUCCUCCACUCAUCCCAAGGCCGCAAGAAAAAGAGCACUGCGCGCCAUGCCAGUGUGACGACAAGCAAGUGGUGUGCGUUGUUGUGGACACCAUGUGCAACUGCGUCAAUGGGCGCCUUCGGUUGUGGGAGACGGGAAAAUGCGCCACGAGCAAAGACGACUGCGGCAAACUGCUCAUUCCUCCACUCAUCCCAAGGCCGCAAGGAGAACACUGCGCGCCAUGCCAGUGUGACGACAAGCAAGCGGAGUGCGCUGUUGUCGACACCAUGUGCCACUGCGUUAAUGGGAGCCUUCGAUUCUGGGAGACGGGAAAAUGCGCCGCGAGCAAAGACGACUGCGGCACUCUGCUCAUUCCUCCACUUAUCCCGAGGCCGGAAGAAGAUCACUGUGUGCCAUGCCAGUGCUACGACAACCAACCAGUGUGCGCUAUGGCAGGAAGCAUAUGCGACUGUGUUAAUGAACGCCUACACUUGAGGCACACUGGACAAUGCGCCAUCAGUAAAGACGAAUGCGGUUCACUAUACCCUCCUCGGCGCUUUCGGAAUCCUGAAGGCAUGUGUGCUGCUUGCAAGUGCCCGGAAAACCUUGCCAAGUGCCCUGUCGAUGGUGGCUUGUGCGACUGCAUCAACGGGUUCUUUCUGCUCAGGAACUCAUCGCAAUGUGUCACCAAAAAAGAGGACUGCAGUACUAAAGUUUUGAAAGUCAUAGAACAGGAACACGGGUGUGCAAUGUGUAAUUGCCCCGAAGACAUUCAGACGUGCUCAGUCGAAGGCACCAACUGUGAUUGCGUUAACAGAGUGUACCGCUACAAGAAAACUGGGAAAUGUGUGCGUAACAGUGCUCAUUGCAGUCCAUUUAUUCGUUCUCCAUGAGAUCAUGCUUUCGUAGCAUUAUUUUUGUUGUUCUUUUAUCGGCCUGUAGAGAUUAAAAGAAUGCCAAUAAAAAUGGAGAAAGAGAAA